AUGGCGAGGCUGCGGGAUUGCCUGCUCCGCCUGACGGUCACGAUCCGGUCCCUGCUCUUCUGGUCCCUGGUCUACUGCUACUGCGGGCUCUGCGCCUCCGUCUACCUGCUCAAACUUUUGUGGAGCAUCGGCAAGGGACCCGCGCAGACCUUCCGGAGGGUCGCCCGGGAACACCCUCCCGCGUGUUUGAACGACCCCUCUUUGGGUACCCACUGCUACGUGCGGAUCAAGGAUUCGGGGUUAAGAUUUCAUUAUGUUGCUGCUGGUGAAAGAGGCAAACCACUUAUGCUGCUGCUUCAUGGAUUUCCAGAAUUCUGGUAUUCUUGGCGUCACCAACUAAGGGAAUUUAAAAGUGAAUAUCGAGUUGUAGCGCUUGAUCUGAGAGGCUAUGGAGAAACAGAUGCUCCCAUUCAUCGAGAAAAUUACAAAUUGGACUGUCUAAUUACAGAUAUAAAGGAUAUUUUAGACUCUUUAGGAUAUAGCAAAUGUGUUCUUAUUGGUCAUGACUGGGGGGGGAUGAUUGCUUGGCUAAUUGCCAUCUGUUAUCCUGAAAUGGUGAUGAAACUUAUUGUUAUUAACUUCCCUCACCCAAAUGUAUUUACAGAAUAUAUUUUACGACACCCUGUCCAGCUGUUCAAAUCCAGCCAUUAUUACUUCUUCCAAAUACCAUGGUUCCCAGAAUUUAUGUUCUCAAUAAAUGAUUUUAAGGCUUUGAAACAUCUGUUCACCAGUCACCGCACUGGCAUUGGAAGAAAAGGAUGCCGAUUAACAACAGAAGAUCUUGAAGCUUAUAUUUAUGUCUUCUCCCAGCCUGGAGCAUUAAGUGGCCCAAUUAACCAUUACCGAAAUAUCUUCAGCUGCCUGCCUCUCAAACAUCACAUGGUGACCAUUCCAACACUACUACUGUGGGGAGAGAAAGACGCAUUUAUGGAGGUUGAGAUGGCUGAAGUCACAAAGAUUUAUGUUAAAAAUUAUUUCAGGCUAACUAUAUUGUCAGAAGUCAGUCAUUGGCUUCAGCAAGAACAACCUGACAUAGUAAACAAACUGAUAUGGACAUUUCUGAAAGAAGAAACAAGAAAAAAAGAUUGAUUUUCUAUAUCUUCUAUGAGAGGUCUAUAAUGAAAUCUCUAAAUAAUUUUUAACAAUUGUUCAUCAACCUCUUUAAGCUUCAUUAGGAAAAAAUGUUUUAAUAUGCUUUAUCAUAAAUAUCCCAACAAAUGAUAUUGAAAAAAAUUGAGAAUGUGUGGACUUGUAACAUGAUGUUGAUUUUCUUCUGUUGAAUUUUGCACGGGAAAGCAUCUGCCUUAAAAUGUAUAUAUUGGUACAAAAAGGAAGUUGGGGCAAGUGGCUCAGUUUUUAUUUCCUGCAUUCUUUACCCUGUUAACAUCUGGUGCCUUUUAUAAAUGUAUAUUAAAGAUUAGCUGUGCCAUGUUUAAAAAGGCAAACCUGCAAUGGUAUAAAUUUUCAUUUUAUUGUUCAAAACUUCUUUUUACUAUUUUUCAACCAUUAAAAGAUUCUAUUGUCAAAUCUCUUGGAUUUAUAAUAUGCUUAUGAGUUUGAAGGCAAAGAUGAUUAGAAGAAUAUGCAUUCUUAAAACAAGUCAUAAACUCUAUUUAUUUAUUUAU